CCGAAUGGGCGACUGAGACACUCAUUCUCAAAACGAAGUGUGGUUAAACCCAUCGAGUCCCCUUCAUUGGAACCAUGGGCGACACCCCUCCAUACCUACCUCCUUAGGACCCUCGUCCCUCUGGGUCCCACCCAAACAUCGUCUUUACUUGUCCUGGUCAAUUUGCUCACUUCAUCCGACAGGAGGACGUCACGCUCUACUCAGUGAACGUCAUGGAUCUUCUUCGCUACGAUCCACUCUGUCCCGAGGUUGAGCUCAUCUCACUGGAGCCCGAUCCCCCUAACCCUUCCUCCAUCUUCGCGGCUCCCAUCUCCACAUCCMCCCGUCAGCCUGCGGAUACCGCCUCGACAUCCCAGGUCCCUUCACCGUCCACUCCCGAGUCCACCCAUACGUCUCGUGCCGACGCAGAUGUUGAGGAACUCAUGCGGUUCACGACUGACUUAGAGCCCGUCGUUCGUGAUUUGAUUCGAGAGUACCGCGACGUUUUCCCCCCGUAUUUCUCAUACAGCGGGAUCACUCCCAUGCGCGGUGUUGAGCAUUGUAUCCAGCUCGUGCCUGACUAUCGCGUCCACCAUCAGGCACCCUACCGACUCUCGAUUCCAGAGGCGACGGAACUCAAGCGUCAGCUUGGGGAGCUCCUUCGAUUGGGUUUCAUUAAACCCAGUAACUCCCUUUGGGAUGCACCCGUCCUCUUUGCUUGCAAAGCGGACGGAACUCUUCGCCUCUGCAUUGACUACUGCGGCCUUAACCGUAACACGGUUAAGAACAACUAUCCCAUACCUCGAGCGGAUGAGUUGUUUCACCGUCUGGUAGGCAACCGCUUCUUCACGAAGAUCGAUCUUCGUAGCGGUUACCACCAGAUCCGCGUAGCCACAGAGGACCAGUUGAAGACCGCUUUUUGGUCGCGCUUCGACCACUACGAGUUCAUUGUGAUGCCAUUCGGCCUCACCAGUGCACCCGCCACCUUCCAGACGGAGAUGAACGACAUCUUCAGGGAGUCCGACAUCCUUGAAGAAUACGUUCUCGUAUACCUGGACGACACCCUGGUCUACAGUCGUACCUUAGAAGACCAUCUCAGACACCUCCUCAAUGUCCUACAGCGCUUACGCAAGCCGUUUGUUGUAACCACUGACGCAAGCCAAUACGACAUUGGCGCAGUGCUGGCUCAGCAGGAAGGGAAAAAGUUGAGACCGGUCGACUAUAUGAGCAAAAAGAUGCCAUCAAAGAAGUUGGCAAAGUCCACCUAUGAGAGGGAACUCUAUGCCCUCUACAAGGCACUUGUCCACUGGAGGCACUAUCGGUUAGGAAGGUGCUUUUAUUUGAGAACUGACCAUCAGACCUCAAGUGGAUCAAGACACAACGGGUUCUCUCCAAUCCACUCAAACGCUGCAUUAAAAUCAUACAUCAGUAUGAUGUAUGAUUUCAAACUAGACUAUGUGAAAGGAGAGUACAACAAGGUUGCGGAUGCAUUGUCUCGCAGGGCAGAUUAUCUAGGUGCACCGAUUUACGAGUUUGACCUUUCUGAGAACGUUACUGGAUCCUUGGGGGAAGCCUAUAAGGAAGACCCUAUCACGAUGGACAACAUCAACAAACUGAAGGCCAAAGACAAGGCCACCACUGACGAGUUUGUGAUGGUGGGUGGGUUACUCUUUCUUGAGAAGGCAAGGUUUAAAAGAUGGCUAUGGCGGGAUCUUUGUCACCUUGUUUUUGUCACGUUGUUUGGUGGAGGACGAGCCGGAGGAGGAGCGGGAGCAGCGGGAGGACGGGGAGGAGGGAUGGGAAAAGGAGCGGGAAAAGGAGGAGUGGGAGGAGUGGGAGGAGGUGCGGGAGGGGAAAUGCGAAGCGGCGGAGGAGCCGUGGGAGGAGGAGCUGGAGAAGGAGGAGCGGCAGGGGAAACGGGAAGGGGGUUGGGAGUGGGAGAGGGAGCACAAGGAGAAACGGGAAGGGGCGGAGGAGGCGCGGGAGGAGGGGCGGUCGAAGGAGCGGGAGGGGGAGCGGGAGGGGGAACGGGGAGGGGGUUAACGAACGCACGGGAGGCGGAGGAGGGGGAGGAGAUAUGGGUGGAGGAGGAGAAGCGGGAGGAGCACGAGGACGAGCAGGAGAAGGAGCGGCAGGAGGAAUGGGGGAAAGAGCAGGGGAAGCAGCGGGAGAGGAGGAGGAGAGGGAGGAGCAGCAGGAGAACGAGCGGGAGCGGGGCUAUGGAGGGAUCUUUGUCACGUUGUUUGGCGGAGGAGGAGCGGCAGGGGGAGGAGGAGGAGCGAGAGGAGGCGUGGGAGAAGGAGCAGGGAAGGAGUGGGAGCGGGGCUAUGGUGCGGGAAGAGGAGCGGGAGGAGGGGGAGGACGAACUGGGGGAAAAGCAGGAGAAGCAGCGGAAGGAGGACAAGCAGCAACAGAGGGAGCGGGAGAAGGAGAAGGAGGAGGAGCGGGAGAAGGAGCCGGAGCGGGGCUAUGGCGGGAUCUUUGUCAUGUUGUUUGGUGGAGGAGCGGGAGGAGAAGGAAGAGCGGGAGGAGUGGGAGAAGGAGGGAGAGAAGGAGGGGGAGGGGAUUGGGGAUGGGGUUGCAUCUCACAGCCCCUUGCUCCAUACUCUCCUUCUCAUUUUCAACAUUCGAAGGAUGCUCAUGCAUCGAUCAGGGGAGGCCAGGAUGCGCGAAAGGGACGCAAGCCCGACGCAUCCACCGUGGAAGGCGGGGUCACGCAAAAGGGAUGCGGACCUUGUGCGUCUACCAUGGGAGGCCCGGAUGCGCAAAAGGGACGCAAGCCCGGCGGGCGCACCAUGGAUGGCGAGGACACGCCAACGGGACUAGAGCCGGGUGCAUCCACCAUGGCAGGCUGGGACGCACAGAAGGAACUCGAGUCCGACGCAUCCACCAUAGAAGGCCUGGAUACGCAAAAGGGACUUCGCCUGGCACUGAAGUUCAUGGAGCGAGUUAACAUUGUGGGGGAAGAACUCUUUGAUGUGCACCGGUGCAGGCCAUGGAUUGCUUUUGUCUCUCCUGAAAAGCCUAGAUUGCUUCGAGUGUGGAAUUAUGAGACCGAGCAGAUGGUUUCUGAAGUUCCCACAGGAGGGAAGAAUCAUGAUGGGAAACUUUGGGGGGUGAAGUUCAUAGGCCAGAACGAUCGGGUUGUGGUCGUCCUGGAGCACGAGUUGGUUGUCUAUGAGACCUUGGUUGUCGAUAAGAUCAUGGGAGCUUCCGAUUUAAAGACGGAGGAAAGGAAAAUAUACAGGAGAUUCCUCCUCAAUAUUGCUGAUUUCAGCAAUUGGGCGGUACAUUCCACUGCCCAAUGCAUAGCAUUGGCUGUGCAUUCCCCUGUUGGCUCCAACUACAAAAUUUACUUUUGGGAUCUCGACCAUGAUUUCCACGAAGAAAGAGGAACCAGUUUACCUGACAUUACCAUCAUGCGCAUCCAUCCUGUUGAAGCACACAUUUUUGCGACCGUGCAUAAUAACGGGACACUCAACAUGUGGGAUGCUAAAACCAUGAGUGUUCUGCGAACAUUGGAAGGCAUGGGCGAAAUUACUUCGCUACAAUUCUGCUCUAAACCCCAGAAGUCUCUUAUCGUCACCGGCCAUAUGUCUGGACACCUGAGCAUGUGGAAUUAUCAGAGUAAAAAAAGGGUGGCCAUUUUCCCUGUCCAUGGCGACAGAGUUGUGGAAGCCUUCUUCCAUCCAGAGUUACCGUGCAUAUUGAGCGCAUCCCUGGAUGGCACCAUCACGGUCUGGAGUGCUUCCGUGGAAAGGACUAUCUGCAGUGGCCUGAAAGGAUUCUCUGGCCAGGCUCUCUGCAGAAAUGGCAUUACGUUUGUGCGUCCGUGUAAGGACACAUUGCGUUUUAUGACAAUACUUCUGCCUGACGGAGAUGACGUACUAAAGAUGAAGCAGUUGGAGACCGUGUUGAGCACUGUAAGGGCAGAGAGGAGGGCGCUCGAAGAGGGAUUUGAGAAAGAGAUGCAAACACAUGACCAAAUGAUAACACAGAUUGACGGAGAGAUAAGAAAUUUGAGGAUUGAGAGUCAGGAACUGAAAGAGAGAUUUGAGAGACUUGGAUCAGACCAUCAGAGGGAGAAAGGCAUCCACUCAGAGAGGGUCAAGCAACUGGAGACUGCAGUGAGCGACGUAAGGGCCGAGAGGAGGGCGCUCGAAGAGAGAUUUGAGGAGGAGAGGGAAACAAAUGCAGGCAGGAUAAAGGAGCUUGAGACUGAGCUUUAUAAUGUGAGGGUGGAGAGGAAGGGAUUAGGAGAAAGAUUUGAGAGCUUCCAAUCAGUGCAUGACAUGGAAAUCGGCAUGCACGCAGAGAGGGUCAAGCAGUUAGAGAUAAAAAUAAGCAAUCUGAGGGGGGAAAGGGAGGCACUGAAAGAGACAUUUGAGAAACAAACGGUCAGUGUUCAAAAUCCGGAAUGUGGUGUCGAGACGGGAGGAGGUGCAGACGAGAGAUUGGAGAGGUCUGAUGGAGUGCCAAAGGGGGUUCCUCAAGUGGACUCGCAUCCAUUCAGAGAGUUUUCCCUGGAUGAAUUAAAGACUGCCACAAAUGACUUCCAUGACGACUGCAAACUUGAACAGCAACAUUAUGCAUGUGCUUACAUGGGUAGGAUAACACCAAUCACGGUGAAGAGACUCGAGUACGGAAAGAGCAUGACACAUAAUCGGCAUGGCCGAUUGACGAGGGAGCUUGUGGACCUGUUGAAAUCUCUUCAACACCCACACCUGCAGAUUCUGCUGGGAGUGUGCUAUGCGGGAAAUUGCCUUGUCUACGAGUACAUGGCCAAUGGAAAUGUGAAGGAGUGGAUCUCCUCCGCCAAAGGAUCACACAGAAGCUUUUUGCCGUGGUACGUUCGCCUGCGGAUUAUGGCUCAGGUUGCCAAAGCCUUGUCCUUCCUUCACUCCAGUCCGUCACUGGGAGGGGGUCAAAUCAUCCACUGCAAUAUCCAGCUCAAAAAUAUCUUCUUAGAUAGUAACUUUGUUGCCAAAAUCACAGAGGUCGAUAUGGCCUUGCUUGCCCCACCGCCUGCUGAAGAUGGUGAAACAACAGAUAUGGAUAGAUUCCAUGGAAGUGAUGCAAAGUACCUGGCGCCAGAAUUCUUUCGAACUGAGGUCUUCACUCCGCAGACUGACAUUUAUGCAUUCGGCAUCACCCUUCUUGAGAUGCUUACGGGGAAGUUCAAGAACACAUUGGGAAUCAUGGAAGAUGCAGUGGAAGAUUCUGCAACCUUCAGAAGUACCCUGGACCCAAAUGCAGGAAGUUGGGACAUCGAUCUUGCUUUUGAAGCGGCCCGGGUGGGGCUGAGAUGUGCGAGCUUGAACAAAAGUGACCGACCGAGAAUGACGACAGGGGAAGGUGCUAUUCUGCCAGCGCUGGAAGGUCUUGCUGAAAAGGCAGAACUUGUUAACUCGCGCUCGAAGAGAGUAACCGGCUCCGAGUGUUGAAGGGAAAGGGUGGGUGUGAGAGGGCCGAAUGAGGAGGUAACCCAUGAUGAUGGCAUUUGCAUGCCCUCACUUAACAGCAUACUCAGCCCACGUGGAGGGAAAGUCUUGAUUUCUACUCUGUCAGUUUCCUGAUUCGACUCUUCGUAAUAAAAGGUGUUCAGGUCACAAGUUUGCAUCUUCCAAAUGUUUAUGUUUUCAUUCACUCACUGGAGAUCUAACAAAUGACUCACUGGCUU